AUGGAUACCAAAAAGUUGGAUACUGCCUUCGAAGAUGCAAUCAGCUGUCUCCCUCAUGAGGUUCUAAGCGACAUUUUGUCCAGAGUUCCGACCAAACUGGCUGCUUCAACAUCUCUUCUCUCAAAAAAGUGGAGGAAUGUGUUUGCGACGGUCAGGGCCGGCAAUGAUCAUAUAUUACAAACAAUAUCAAACUUCGUCAAUUCUUAUAAUCUUUACUUUAUCAUCUCUGUGGAUUUGUAUUUCUUGUCCUCACUCAGAGUUAUGUUUUCCAGAUAUUACUUGGUGGAAAAAGCCAAGGAUGCGAAUAUUGUAGGUAUUUUGGUAGGGACUCUUGGUGUUGCUGGUUACCUUCAUAUGAUUCACCAUAUGCAAGCACUCAUAUCUGCAGCUGGCAAAAAAUCUUACAUUCUUGCCAUGGGACGACCUAAUUCGGCCAAACUCGCAAACUUCCCCGAGUGCGAUGUAUUCAUCUACAUCUCAUGUGCCCAAACCGCUCUUUUAGAUAGCAAAAAGUUCAUGUCCCCUGUCAUAACUCCGUUCGAAGCCAAUAUUGCUUUUAGCAGAGGGAGUGAAUGGACUGGUGCAUACCUAAUGCAAUUCCAAGACGUGAUCAACUCUGUAAAAUUAGAAUCAGAAGCACAUAGCGAAUCAGAGGAGCCACGGUUCUCCUUCUUUCAGGGUGGUUACGUAGAAGAUCACAAGACAAACGAUCAAGCUAAGAAUGGAGAAGAAGACACAGGAGAGACAAUGGCACUGGUACACAUUGCAGAGAAAGCAUUGCAAUUGAAAGACAAUGAUCAUAACUUGCUCACUAAACAAACCACUGCCAAAUCAGGACCCGAGUAUUUCCUCAGUCGUGCUUAUCGCGGUUUGGAGAUAAAUAGUGAUAAUACUUCGUCGGAGACUUACAUAGUCGGGAGAAGCGGGAAGGCGUCAGGAUACAAGCACGAGUAGCAACUCCAAGAAGUUCACUUGUUCACCAAGAAAGAUUUGUGUACUAUUUCAGAAACUGACAUUUUUAUUGUUCUUUUGAAAAAUUGGUUCUGCUGGCUUCAUGUUAUAUUGUUAGAUGAGAGAAUGUUGCACACAUGUGAGAGUUAGUUUCGAAAAGAAACAGAACUAUCUAUCUGUCUUUUGUUAAUUUUUUUCUAAUGUUUAUUGGCCUCUGA